UAUAUUACGUGAGAUGUUUGUGUGAAAAUGGCGCCGUUAAGAACUCCCGCGGAUUUUACGGAGAUGGAUUUUUAUAACUUAUCAACACAGCCUUACGAGAGGCAUCAUUUGAGACACAGGAACCAUCCGAGGGAUCACGCCAGGAAUCAUUUGGCGGAUAUUUCUAAUUCUAUAAUGGAGGUUCUGAAUACGAAGUUUGUGCCGGAAAACGCUCUGCUACCGGACAUGGAGCCGUUAUCGACGCACAUGGAGACGUUUGAGGGCCACGAGAGGCUGAACAUCACGAUGAACCGGUCAGAGCUAGGUGUCGAGGAUGAGUUUAUCUAUCGGCACGGUGGCGCUAUGACAGCCGUGUACUGCGUGGCGUACCUGCUGGUUUUCAUUGUGGGUCUGGUGGGCAACCUGUUCGUCAUCGCCGUUGUGUACCGCUCGCCACGCAUGAGGACGGUCACCAACUUCUUCAUCGUGAACCUGGCCGUGGCUGACGUGCUUGUCAUCGUCUUCUGUUUGCCCGCGACGCUCAUGUCCAAUAUUUUUGUCCCAUGGGUGCUGGGUUGGCUGAUGUGCAAGACGGUUCCAUACGUGCAGGGGCUCUCCGUGGCUGCUUCCGUGUACAGCCUCGUCGCCGUAUCUCUAGACCGGUUCCUCGCAAUCUGGUGGCCGUUGAAAUGUCAAAUCACAAAACGUCGGGCCAGAAUGAUGAUCGUCUUUAUUUGGAUAUUCGCUAUCGUCGUCACUGUACCCUGGGUAUUCUUCUUCGACCUGGUCGUAGUCUUCGAUGAAAGCCCUCACGUCCACCUCUGCAUUGACGUCUGGCCCAAUCCUAUCAGCGAAGUCCUCUACUUCGUCAUCGGAAACCUCAUCUUCUGUUACAUCCUCCCCAUGGUCCUGAUAACGAUGUGUUAUAUACUCAUCUGGAUCAAGGUCUGGAGGCGCUCGAUCCCAACUGACACCCAAGAUGCCCAAAUGGAGAGAAUGCAGCAGAAAUCCAAAGUUAAAGUCGUCAAAAUGCUAAUUGCUGUUGUUAUAUUAUUCGUCCUCUCUUGGUUCCCACUAUACUUAAUAUUUGCUAGAAUUAAACUUGGUGGACCGAUUCAGAAGUGGGAGGAAGAGAUGUUACCAAUUGUGACGCCACUGGCUCAAUGGUUGGGUUCGUCCAACUCUUGCAUCAAUCCAAUACUGUACGCUUUUUUCAAUAAAAAGUACAGGAAGGGAUUCGUUGCGAUCAUUAAGAGCAGGAAGUGUUGCGGCAGACUCCGUUAUUAUGAAACCAUUGCUCUCCAAUCUUCGAGUACGUCCACCAGGAAAUCAUGGCAUUACAACAACCAUGCCUCUAGUACUCGUCGCUCGCCUCCCGUUGAUAAGAACGCUGUCUCAUUCAUAUUCAACCACACAGGAGUUUAAAAACAUAGCUCUAUAAGAUGGACACACUCGCAGUUAACUGUAU